AUGCUUGCUGCCCGUCGUAUUCCUGCCGCCCUGCCGCGCCUCGUGCGCCCCCGCGCCGCCGGGUUCCAUGCCUCUGCCCGCGCCCAUGUGCGCGUCGGUGACGCGGUGCCCGACGUCGAGCUCAUGGAGGCCAGCCCCGGCAACAAGCUCAGCAUCGCCAAGCAGCUGAAAGGCAAGGGACUUAUCAUUGGCGUUCCCGCAGCGUACAGCCCGGCGUGCUCGUCGAGCCAUGUGCCGGGAUACAUCUCCCACCCCAAGCUCGCUGCUGCCGGCCAGGUCUUCGUUGUCUCAGUCAACGACCCCUUCGUAAUGAAGGCGUGGGGCGAUGUUCUUGAUCCUGCCGGCAAGAGUGGCAUCCGCUUCAUUGCCGACCCGGCCGGUGCCUUUACCAAGGCCCUGGAUCUCUCCUUUGACAGCCGUGCUAUCUUUGGCAAUGAGCGUAGCAAGCGCUAUGCGCUUGUCAUCGAAGACGGCAAGGUCAAGGAGGCUCAUGUCGAGCCCGACAACACCGGCGUCGACGUCUCCGCGGCGACCAAGGUUUUGGGUUGA